AUGAAGAAGGCUUUUGGUUUAGUUUGGAGGGUACAGUCAGACGAACAAGAGCGUGCCACAGGGAAAUUUGGCAGCGGAGAGAGGAAUGAUAGAGGAGACUUACUGAUUGAAUGGGCGACAGCAAAUAACAUGAAGAUCAUGAAUACCGUCUACAAGAAGAAGAUAUCAAGAAGAUGGACAUGGCAAAGCCCAGAUGGAAGUACAAGAAACGAAAUUGAUUACAUCAUGACAAACAGACCGAACAUCUUCACGGAUGUGAAAGUGCUAAACAGACUGGAUGCGGGCAGUGACCACAGAGCAGUAAUGGGAGUGAUUAGGAUCAAUGUCAGGAAGGACAGACAGAAAUGCCUGUCAAAUCCAUCAAAGAGACCUAGUAUUGAGCAACUGGUCAUAAAGAAAGACGAGUUCCAAAUCCUCCUAAAGAACAGAUUCAGUGCACUAGAGCUAGAAGGUGAAGAUGGAGUAGAUGAAAUGAACGAUAGAAUAACGACCACCAUCCUAGAAUGUGCAUCAGAAGUCGCACCGGCCAGUAAAAUGAAGGACUCAAAGCUCUCAACAGAAACGAGUAUGUUCUUUGACUAUUUCCAGAAUAUCAACAUCAGCAUGGAAUGUCUGCUGAGAGUAGGCCUGCUGGCUUUCCUAUGCUCUUGUGCCACUGGCGUGAGCCAGCCCUCUCUUAGCGGAACCUUCCUACCGGGGACGUCGAUUCUUUACCUUGGGUGUAACACGCCCAGUCGCAACAGCAGCGCCCUCUCGUGGUUCAAAGAAGACCCGAUUGAUUACAGUCUGUCUCUGUUCACGUCAAAUCCUGACCUCGAGUUCCAGUCGGUGGCUGCUAGCGACGCUGCCUGUUAUUACUGCUACCUUGAAGGAGAUGUGGUUGAUUUUGUGUGUCUGGACGUUCCGGCCCAACAAAGUGGGGUGGUGGAAUUGUCUUACACCGGAGUCUUCGUGGAAGGAAGCACAUUUGAAUAUUUCGGCUGCAGCAAAGGAGGUAGAGACGCCAGUAACGUCCAGUGGUACGCAGUGAACCCUGGGAGCAACCAGACAUUUCACAGCCAGUUCACGCUGGCGUUCACCUCCUUGGCGCCGGGGGACACAGGGUACUAUCACUGCAUGUAUAACGGAGAGUUGGUGGACAAAGUGUUUAUUAAUGUCACACAGGCAGCUGUACCAGAAUGCACCGGCGAUAACACAGGGCAGGUAGACAAGGUGACAGAAGCGCCACCUAAGGCUCUCACUAGGGAUGAGAUAAUAUUCAUAGCAAUAGGAGCAGUGUUAUUCGUUCUCAUGCUUCUCCUGUUUAUCUGGGCAGUUUGCUGGUGCUGCGCAUGCGUGCAAAUGAAGCGGGCCACGGGGAAAAGUGAGUAA